AUGCGGCGGGCGCUGCUCACUCUCCUGCUGCUGCUCGCCCGCUCGCCGCCCGUCGCCGCCCUCCCCGCCACCACCGACGGCUCCGUCCCGGCGGCCGCGGCCGGGAUCGGGGAUCGGGGCCGCCCGCUCUGGCCGCCGCUGGCGCCGCCGGCCCCGGGGCAGUGGAGAGGGCGGCGGGACGAGCCGCCGCUUUCCAUCGACCUCACCUUCCACCUCCUACGGCACCUCCUGCUCCUCGCCCGCGCCCAGAGCCAGCGCGCCCGCGCCGACUCCAAUCGCCGCAUCCUCGACGCCGUGGGGCGCUGA